AUGGUGCGAAUUGCUCAUGACGUAGUUGGCGGUGCUUUUGGCUACAAGAUGAAGGAAAACGAGCACCCCAGCGGGUUAGUCAACAUCUGGGAUUUCAUUGGUGAAGAGAUCGACAGUGGAGACAGCUCUGAUGGUCCCCCUUUGGUACCGCAGGGGUUGGAGGAGAUUAGCGCAGAAGAUUUCGAAGAACCCUGUGCGGCGCUGGGCACUUCAGGUGGCACUGCUGCGUUUUAUUGUCUUCGAUAUCGCGAACAGCGAGCCCCACAGGGAGUUCCAGUGGAUUUUUUCAUCGGGAAGGACCUUGCUCAUGCGAGUGACGAGCUGGAGUUUUACGCAAAGCUCCAGUUUGCCACGAAGAACAGCCAGCCAUGGACUUGCUUCGCCAAGAUGGCCAUGUCCUGUCCAGGGGUGUCGCGACUGGAAUGUAUCAAUCCCAAAAAUCAGGAGAGGAGCCACCGCCUGAUUCUCUUGUUGGAAAACUUGCGACAAGGAUUUAAUCAGAUGAGAUUGCUGGACAUCAAACUGGGCGCUGAGACUUCUGUGGCGUGUUGGAAGGGCAAGAGUCGGCUGAACGCCUGGAAAAAUCAGUUGGUGGAUCAGCGCACCAAUUCGGUGCAAGAGGGCUUCAGGUUGGAAGGCAUCGAGGGUCCUCCCAAGAGCCUGGAAGAUCGGAUCCACGCGGUGAUGGAGGCCAAAGGUUUGGCUGCGGCCAAAUACAUCUCCCCUAAGGUAAUCAAGCGCUUCACACUGCAACGCUUGCGCUCUGCCGAGUUGUUGGAGUUUUGGUUGGACAUGUCGCACCUGGGUGUUGGCUCGGAGCAACACGCCCAACAUGCCGCGGUGGCUACCUUCCAACGGUUGCGAAACCUCCUGAUGGCUGUGAUGAACUUGGAGGUGCCCCAGCAGUGGAUCGGCUCCUCAGUGGCCUUGGCUGCAGAGGUUGGAUCCUUCAGCACCGAACCCAAGGUCUUGGUGAAGGUCUUCGACUGGGGUCGGGCGGAGCUGAACACCGAGGAAGACUUCCAACGUCUGCAAGCUGCGGAAAGGGAGAGUCGCUCCUACUACUGGAGGCAAUACUUGCGGGCCCUGGGACGGCUCUACUCGGAGCUGGGUCGAGUGGUGCUGCAUCGAUGCUGCAGCAGUAGCUGGAGCGUCUUAGUCUUCGAACUGCGGGCCAUGUCUCCUGCAGUGGUCCGGGCUGCACUGCUGGGCGAGCUAGGAGCCACAUCUUCGGUGACCAUGAGCAUGGGUCUCUUUCAGAUGGACCCCAAGGGUGGUGCUGGUGAGGUGUCUCUACCGCUUCUGAACCAGGAUGGACUUUCUGGAUCACUGCGCAUGCACGUGCAAGCGCCAUCCCAAGGGGUAGGCACCUGUCGCGUUCAGAUUUAUGAGACUCAGACCAAUAGCCAGGUGGAAGCGCUAACAGGCUUGAUUGUCACUGUGAGGGCGGUGGCAUUCGAACGUGCUGGCGAUGCCCGGGUAUACCUUGAAGCCUUCCAGUCGGGUUGUCCGGCACCAUCUCCUCGUGGCCACGUGUGUUGUCAGAGUACCCCACCCGCCACCGCCAGCGGUCGCGGCCUCCACUGGAACUCUGCCGUGGAGUUCCGUGCCGGUGCCACGGAGGCGGCACAGGCUGCCCUGGAAGAGGUGCCCAUCCAGGGCUUCGGCAAUGCCGAGCUGUUGCCGCCCAGCAUCGCCUCGACAGAGGAGGUGGAGGAAAAGGCCCAGCUCUUUCUGACGCACUUGCUGCGACAGAUACCUGGACCACCUGGCUCACCAAAUAGCCGAGGCUCUGUCUGA